AUGCAUGAUCUCUUGUCAAAUGAGUCUCAAGAUGACUGCUUAACAAUUUAUCCUCAUACAGUAAAUGCUACUGAAAAUACUCGACAUCUGUUAUUUUUGGAUGAUAAUCCAUUAGGAGCUCCACAAUCAUUUUCGAAGAAUUUAAAAGUUGUGCGGACAUUAGUAAUCCUACCUUCUUCAGGAAGAAAUAGGAUAAUUGAGGAACAUUUUGUAAAUGCUUCUAUCUUGAAUUUCGAGUUCCUUCGGCUACUUGAUCUCUCCUCUUCAUCUUUGGAUGUAUUGCCCAAUUCCGUUGGCACCUGGAAGCAUUUAAGAUAUCUUGACUUAUCCAGCUGUCGAAGAAUGAGGAAACUUCCUACUUCUAUCCGUAAACUUCAGAGCUUGCUGACUUUACGGUUAGCUGGCGUUCCACUGAUUGAAGUACCUGAAUGUUUGCAAAGCUUGAUUAAGUCUCAGAUUUCUAGAGAUAGCCACAGAUUCUGUGUUUUUAAGGGAUAUUCAACCAGGAUGUUAGAGUUCGCUUCAGUUGUUGCUCUUGUUCGACUGUGA